AUAUUGCAAUGUUCAAGGGAAACGGUUUGGUUACGUAUGUAUCACAUACCAGAAUAUAGAAAUUGAUAAAUUCAUUUGCAGCUCGAUUAAUUUUUUUUUGUUUCGGAAAAGUUUUUUGUUAGAUAAUUUGUAAAAGAACCGAUCAUCAAGACAUAUUUUAUUCGUUUGGUUUUCUGCUGUCCUGUUUCGAUCAGUCAGAAAUCGCGGGAUUUGCAGAAAAUUUAAUUAAUUAAGCGGAACACUAUUUUUCAUAGCUUACCUCGUAUCCGGCAUUGUCGCUACUUUUUAGAACACACAGUUACAGAUAUUCUUACGUAUAUGUAAUUGAAUUACUGUUAUUAUUUAAUUAAAUAACGCACGGCCUGGCUGUGAAUAGUUGGUUUUGUUAUCGUAUCAUCCACUGAGAAUUUAUUCAACGAUUGAAUUCGGAAUAUGAAAUGGCCAGAAUUAUAACAAAUAUAAUUAUUUGUCUGUGCUUGUUGCGUAGUAUUAUUAGUGCUAAUGAAGAUAGCAGUAACGUUGUUCAAGAUGUAACAUCAGAAACAGUUUAUAAAACACCAGAGAUAUCUGGUUUUGCUUAUUUAGUGGAAUCUUUUGAUGAUGAAGAAAAAUUUAAGAAUACAUGGAUAUUAUCAGAAGCCAAGAAAGAUUCUAUUGACGAGGAUAUAGCUAAAUAUGAUGGAAUCUGGUCUGUAGAAGAACCCAAAAGGCAUGCACAAGAGGGUGAUCUAGGAUUAGUGCUUAAAAGCAAAGCUAGGCAUGCUGCUAUAGCUACUACAUUAUCUAAACCAUUUUAUUUUAAAAAUAAUCCGUUAAUUGUACAAUAUGAAGUAAAUUUUCAAGAAGGUCAAGAAUGUGGUGGAGCUUACUUAAAAUUACUUACUUUAGAUCCGGAUCAUGAAGAUUUGAAAAAAUUCCACGAUAAAACUCCUUAUACUAUAAUGUUUGGCCCUGACAAAUGUGGGAAUAAUCACCAGUUACAUUUUAUUUUCCGGCAUAAAAAUCCUUUGAAUGGUUCUAUAGAAGAAAAACACUGUAAAAAACCAAGAGAGAGAUUAGAAGAUUUCUUCAAAGAUAAACAACCCCAUCUAUACACCUUGAUUAUUCGUCCAGAUAAUAGUUUUGAAAUUAAAGUAGAUAAUAAGGUUGUAAAUGAUGGAUCUUUAUUGGAUGACUUUACUCCACCUGUUAAUCCACCUUUGGAAAUUGAAGAUCCUACUGAUACUCAACCAGAAGACUGGGAUGAUAGAGAAAAAAUUCCUGACUUGUCUGCUGUUAAGCCCGAUGAUUGGGAUGAAGAUGCUCCAGCACAAAUAGUUGAUGAGGAUGAUGUUAUGCCUAAGGGGUGGCUUGAAGAUGAACCACCCACAAUACCUAAUCCUGAUUCUAUUAAACCCGAGGAUUGGGAUGUUGAAAUGGAUGGGGAAUGGGAACCUCCUGAAAUACCAAAUCCAAAGUGUGCAGAUGCACCAGGAUGUGGGCCAUAUAAACAAAAGCUGAAGAAAAAUCCACGAUAUAAGGGCAAGUGGUCACCGCCCUUGAUCAAUAAUCCUAAUUAUAAGGGAAAAUGGAAGCCUAAACUGAUACAUAAUCCUGAUUACUUUAAUGAUGAACAUCCAUUUCGGAUGAUGCCUAUAUUUGCUGUUGGUUUUGAACUAUGGUCUAUGUCCACGGAUAUUUUGUUCGACAAUAUUCUUGUUACGGAUAAUGAGGAAGUAGCGGAGAAAUGGGCAGACGUUACUUUUGAAGUACGUCGUGCUAGAAUUGCAGAGGAGAGCUGGAGUAUAUGGCGUCAAAUUGGCACAUUUACCGCGGAACAUCCUUGGAUGUGGGCUGUAUAUAUAAUAGCUACUGGUUUACCUAUACUGCUAGUAAUAUAUUGUUGCUGCUUUGCUUCUCAGGACAAAUAUGAUUUAAAGGACGAAGAUAAGCAACCUUUACAGGUAAAUGAAGAAACAGAAUCUAAACAGGAAGAAGAAAAUGAAAAGCAAAACGAGGUUAACGAGAUAAUAGAAAGUGAAGAAACUGAAAAGCAAAAUGAAGUUGAAGAAAUAAUGGAAAGUGAAGAUACUGAUAAGCCAGCAAUGGGUGGUGAUGGACCACGUCGAAGAAAACCAAAGAAUAGUUUAUAAAACUUAAAUGAAAGGAAUUCAUAUUACUAAUAUUUAUAUAAAAUUCACAUUCCACUUAACACUUGCCAUUGUGAACAUUAGAACUUUUCAGUGUUAACUACAUGCAAUAUGAUCACCAUGAAUCAGAUUAUUACCUAAUAUUAAUAGGUAUCUGGUUUUUAAAUGUAAGUUUUCAUUACAUCAUAGCUUGAUGCAGAUGAUUUCACAUUGAACAUGUUUCUUACGUAUGAAUGAAUACUUACACAAAAAUUUGUAAAAAUGAUGUUCUGUGUAACUGUUUAUGCCUUAAUAAUACGUAGUAAUAUAAUUUUGUUA